AUGCCUGGCCUGAAGGAACCCAAAUCCAAAGAGAUAAACCAUUAUCUCCAGCCUAUGGUAGAUGAUCUGAUAAGAUUGUAUGAGGGACUGGCAAUCCCAACUUUUGAGUGUCCUAGUGGUGUCCACAUCCGUGCCACAUUGAUGAUGGUGGCCUGUGACAUCCUGGCAGCAAGAAAGACAAGUGGGUUCACCUCGCACAACAGUACAUGUGCAUGUUACAAGUGCAACAGACAUUUCCCUUGCUUGGAAAACGGUGUCAAUGUUGACUUUUGUGGGUUUGACUUCUCUCGGUGGGUGCUUCGUGAUGGUAUAGAGAACAGGUUGCAUGCUGAGGAGUGGGAAAGUGCUAGUAACCCCUCAGAAAGGCAUUGGCUGGAGGUCAAAAAUGGUGUUCGAUGGUCUGUGGUGAUCCAGACACUCGGAUGUUGGAUUUAUCACAUAUAA